CCUCUUUUUUCUGCUUUGUUUUUCUCCUCGCUUUUGUCCAUGGCGAUCGACGCCAAGCUGUCCGGCUGCCUCCCGCUGCCACAUCGCCAUUGCUAGCUAAUUAAACUACGCAGCAGAGCCAGAGUGGUAGCUAGCUGUGGCCACAAGUUCAGCGAGGGAGCUGCUGCUGCUGUCCUACCCCCCUGAGCUGCAGCACACUAAUCAUUUGCUUGUCCUUUUCCAUGCAUCACCCACCAUCAACUUGCCACCCCCUCCCAUUCCUCCCUCGAUCAUAUACUCACACCGUCUCCAUUGAUCUCCCACCCCACCCCCCUCUCACCACCUGACCCGCACGCAGAGCGGUCCAAGAACCCCCACCUCUCUCUACCUCUCUCAUGGGGAACAAGCCGGCGUGCAUGUCGCUGGCGCCGGCGGCGGGCGCGGCGUCGGCGUCGAGCGGCGGGGGAUGCAAGGUGAUCCACGCGGACGGGCGGGUGACGCGGCUGGCGCGGCCGGUGCGGGCGUCGGAGCUCAUGCUGGACCACCCGGGCAAGUUCGUGUGCGACGCCUGCCGCCUCGCCGUCGGCUGCCGCGUGCCGGGCGUCGCCGCCGACGAGCUCCUCCAGCCGCGCCGCUCAUACUUCCUCCUCCCCAUGGACAUGCUCUACUCCGUGCUCACCGACGACGAGAUGGCCGCGCUCGCCGCCGCCUCCCACGGCGCCGCCACGGCCGCCACCGCCGCGUGGCGGAGGAUCGUGGUCACCACCACCAGACGGCGACGGGGCGGGAACAACAGCAGCGGCGGACGCGGCGCCUCUUCCAGGCAGAGCAAUGGCGACGCCGGCAGGGUGUUCCCGGUCGUCGGCCUGCUGCAGCUCCAGGACGCCCCCGCCGGGCACCCCACGAUUGGCGUCAAGUCGAGCGGCGCCACCGUCGGGCUGAGGCGGCUCCGGUCGUGGCGGCCGGUGCUGGACACCAUCGAGGAGGCGCCGUGACGCGACGCGGCGGCCGGCACGAUCGGCCGGUUGGUGCGGCUACGCUAGUGUUAGGCAGCUAGCUUGAGCUGGCUCUCGAGUGUACAUGAUCGAAUUAGCUUCUUCUACUAGCUUCUUUUUCUCCAUUUCUUUUUUCUCUUUUCUGUAAAGUGCUCUACAUUCUUUUGGCCUUUGUCAAAUUGACAAAUCGUUUUCCCAUCCA